AUGCUACUAAAUUAUCUCAAUCUAAGAAAUGGCUUUAGUCAUGUGAUGACCCAAAUCACGGAAGGUUCGGCAGUAUCGCCGACAAACGGCGCUAAUGAUGAGCCCUCGUCAAAGAGGAAAGUGGCCCACUGCUUCGAUCAGGGAUAUAUCGACCAAGUCCGGACGGCCAAUGUGAUCGUGAUGGUCGGGUUGCCGGCCCGGGGCAAGACCUACAUCUCCAAGAAGCUCUGCCGGUAUCUCAAAUGGAUUGGCAUUAAGACCAGAGUAUUCAAUGUCGGCGAGUAUCGAAGAACUGAGGCUGGGGCUUCUGAUGCUGUACACGGUGCCAACGCCAACUUUUUCUCACCCGACAACGCAGAAGCGCAGAGGAUUCGAGCUGAAUGCGCACGCCGGGCACUGGAAGACAUGGCGGUGUACCUGGGGGCCGGGGGUGGAAACGUGGCCGUUUUCGAUGCAACUAAUACCACUCGAAUGAGGCGUUCGACCGUUGUCGAGUUUUGCGAGGGCAAAGGUUUCCGCUGCUUCUUCAUCGAAAGUCUGUGCGACGAUCAGAAGAUUAUCGACUCUAAUAUUACGGACGUUAAGAUCAAUUCGCCCGAUUACAAGGGUCUGAUGACGGCCGACCAGGCGAAGGAGGACUUCGAGAAGCGCAUCGAGAACUACAAGGCGCAGUACGAGCCAAUGUGCGAGAAUGUCGAUAGUAAUUUGUCGUUUAUUCGAGUGAUCAACGCCGGCAAGUCGUUCUUCGUGCACAACGUCAUGGGCCACGUCCAAUCCCGAGUCGUGUAUUUCCUGAUGAACAUCCACCUGCUCCCGAGAAGCAUUUAUUUGACGAGGCACGGUCAAUCCGAGUACAACGAGAUGAACCGGAUGGGCGGGGACUCGCCGCUCACUGAGGACGGCCGGCGGUACGCGAAGGCUCUGGGAGAAUUCUUUGAUCACGAGCACAUUGGGGAGCUGCGAAUUUGGUGCAGCCAAAAGAUCCGCGCCGCGCAAACGGCUAACCAAAUCGCCUCCCACGCGGCCAACAUCGAGUACUGGAAAGCGCUUGACGAGAUUGACGCCGGGAUUUGUGAGGGGUUGACGUACAUUGACAUUGCGCAAAGAUACCCAAAACAAACGGAAGACCGUACCCGCGACAAAUAUCACUACCGCUACCCCUCCGGCGAGAGCUACGAGGAUGUCGUCUCCAGACUCGAGCCCGUCAUCAUGGAGUUGGAGCGGCAGACUAACGUCAUCGUGGUCGCCCAUCAAGCCAUCCUCCGCUGCAUCCUCGGCUACUUCUACGAUCGUCCGCUGAUGGAAAUACCGUACCUCGACACCCCGCUCCACUCACUCGUCAAGCUGACGCCUCGCGCCUACCAUUGCGACUCGACGGUCUAUCAGUUUGACGUGGAAACCGGAAAGUGGACCGAACAACACCGCCAGCUUGCCCUCUGCGACAGCCCGAUC